AAUCACUAGAACGACUUCUACUCACCCCGACCAAAUGUUUUUAAUGGUAGAGAUGAAACACAGUCGUACUGUCACAGCUUUUGUCAGCACUUUGGGCACCUGUAGAAGCUCAAUCAACCAUGACCUGGCUGGAGCCAAGUUGAGCAGCAGUUAUAAUUCAGGAAUAAUCUUCUAAAUUGUCAAGAAGCAAGAUUUUCUCUUCAGAAUAUCAUAUGUAUUAUAGCUCAGCUAAUAUUGCUCAGUCUGUCUGCUCAGAAGGCGUUUAAUGUGGUGACCUCAGUUUAUAUAUUAAUACUAGUUUUUAAUGCAUACCCCAGGGUGUCUCACCCAGUUUACAAAUCCACGUGUACUGUGCUCGUGCAAGUAGAGGCAGCUCGCUAUUGGUCCGCUGUUCGUCCAAUCGCUGUUUACGAUAUUAUUAGAACGUACCAGCUAAACUUCAGUGUGGAAGCCUGGCACUUAUGCGUCAUGUGAAAGAAUAUGAAAAGAAGAAGAUAUUUCCGAAAAUACCGUGCUUGUCAUAAACAAACAUCCAUUAAAAAAUAAAUACAAAUAGCUUUAUGAGUCUUAAUGCACACCUCUUAUUAAAAUAAAUAUGUGUCAGGGUUUCAUCUAGUUAUUUACCAUGAAUGGUAGCCUACCAAUCUUAACUGGUUAAAUCCUCCUAAACAAAUUUUGACAGUACACAGCUCUUCCUGUGAUUUCUUCUUUAAUAUGUUGCUUCCAUAAUAUACAUUUUAAAUAUAUAUUUAAGCCUUUACUGGAUGGGAAUUUCAUCAAAAACUGUUACAAAUUCCGGUCUUUAGAGACCAGACACUCAUAUCUAUAACAAUAUGGAUCCUGGGGUGGACUGGCCAUAGGGAGCACUGGGCGUUCUCCCGAUGGGCCGCUGGGUAAAGCCAGUUUCACACAUGAUCUGUUUGCAUUACGUAUACAGUACUUAUGCUGGGUGGAAGCAGCACACACUUGAUUAUGCUUUCACAUAAGACGAAUUUGCACUGCGCAACUGAUCCGUGACUUCUGUAUACCACAAAUGCAACGACAGGUAAGCUGUAGUUCUCCGACCACCAGCCGGUCACAUGAUUGCCGCUUUCUGCUGAGAUGAUGGCUGUAGUUUUCUUGUCAAGAAUGAGCAGCAGUACAGCAAGGAAGUCCUGCCUCCCUACUUCAAACACAGCAACAUGACCAGCUAUGUGCACCAGCUCAAGCUGGAUGUGUCAUCUGCAGAUGUAUAUUCAAAUGGAAUGGUCUCUGUGAUCUCACACAGCACCCACCUGCUGGAUUCUACAUCUGAGCCUGCCAGUCUUUUCUUUUGGAACACUCCUUCAUUUGCAUCUCCUGAAUCAUCUGUGCCGGAAAUUAACUGCCUUAUCAUAAAUCUGGUAUAUGUUAAUUGCACAUGGGAUGACAAUGGGACUCAAAAGUACAAUUACAGUUUUAAGAGCAUGUUUUCAGGUCAUGAAACUCUGGAGUGUUCUAACUAUCACAUAUAUAAAUAUGUUAACGUGGGCUGCAUGAUUCCCUACAAAGAAACACAACGGUUCAAUUUGCUAAGCACAUGGCUGUACAAUGACAACGGCAGUUUGAUGAUACACCAGAAACAUGACCUGAAAGAUAAGGUGAAGCUUUACCCUCCGUAUAACCUGUCUGUGGUGGAGAGAAAAGAUGCCGAACUGUGGCUGUAUUGGAAUGUUACGGGAAACAACAGCCUUUGCACUGAGAGCCAGGUUCGCCACAGGAACGACAACAAGGACUGGCAGAUCAAAACUCCAAGCACCAAGACCUCCUUUAGUUUACCUUUUCCUUCAAAAAAACAAUACAAGUUCCAGGUCAGGGCUCGGGUAUCGGCAUCCUGUGGAGAGUCCAAACUUUGGAGUGAUUGGAGUGAGCCUGUGUUCUGGGGAUCUUUAAAGCCAAAUAAUGACACAGAAGGUCCAGAUACCAAGUCUGUGACGGCAUUGGUUCUGUAUACAGUGGGAACCAUAAUAAUGCUUGUCAUACUCUCCUGCUUGCUGGUCCAGAGCGAGAGGUUAAGAGUCAUUUUAAUACCAUUAGUGCCAAAUGCAGGCCGAAAUGUAAACAACUAUCUUGCAGACCUUUUCGACAACUGUGAUGGCAAUGUUGAGAAUUGGCUUUCCAUAUCCAAAGAUCUGGAGAAAGCCUUCAAAUCCAAUUUUACUGAGCGUGCCUGCCCUGUUCGUGAGUACAGAAUAGUGUCCCAGUUGAGCAGUGACAGUGAAAGCGUCAUCUCAAUCCCAAAAGGCAUGUCAUCAGAUUACCAAUGCAAGCAAAGCUACUCAUCGGCCUCCACCAUACCUGGACCUGCUGAAAACCCACAAACCCAGGCUCCAUCUCAAGUGUAUAAUCCAGUCUAGACAACAGUCUUUAAAUCUGAGGGAUUUACAAUAUAGCAUAAGCUGCUGAUCUGAAAGUGUUGGUUGGGUUAGGCAGUUGAGAGUUUAGAAAUUAGUGAAGAUUUUGUUUUGGCUCAUGCAGAUCUUAAAGGUGUAGUUUCACCCAAAAAAUGAAAAUUCUCUCAUCAUUUACUCACUCUCAUGCCAUCCCAGAUGUGUAAGACUUUCUCUCUUCUGAACACAAAUAUUUUUAAAAGAAUAUCUCAGCUCUAUUGGUCCGCACUAUGCAAGUGAAAGGUGACCAGAACUUUGAAGCUCCAAAAAUUACAAAGGCAGCUAAAAAAGUGACAGAAUGUAAAAGUGGGGAUUUGAAAUAAAAAAUGACUUUUUUACUAUUUAAAAAAUAUACUUUUAUACUAUACUAUUUAUCCGUUUCUCACCCACACCUAUCUUAUUGUAUCUGAACAAAUGGAUUUAACCACUGGGGUCUGGAUGACUUUUAUGCUGCCUUUAUAUGAUUUUAGAGCUUCAAAGUUCUGGUCACCAUUCGCUUGAAUUGUAUGGACCUACAGAUCUGAAAAAGUCUUCUAUCGUCUUUGUGUUCAGCAGAAGAAAGACAUUUUACACAUCUGGGAUGGCAUGAUAGAGUAAAUGAUGAGUUAAUUAAAAUUUUGUGAACUAUCCCUUUAAUUGUUUGUUGAAAAUAAAUAUGUACAGAUGCUGGUGAAAUCCAGUUCAGUCCAAGACCAGUAUUGGCAGUAAACCUUUGCAACAUUAUUUGUUUUUAUUGGGUUUUUGUUUUGAUAAGCAUUUUGAUUAUUACUGUUGUUCCAAAUGUACAUUUAUUUAUAAUCAUUUCCUGCUCACCAACUCAUUUGACAUAUCCAAGGCCUAAAUCUGAUUUGACAUUUUUAUUAUUUAAUCAAAUGCUAUUAGGCGGUGGGCCGGACCUCGAAAUUAUGAAUUUAAUACUUACCUCACAGCUGUGUAAGUCUUUUUUUGCUGAGGUCAUGUAAUAAAAUCGUAUAAGUACUA